AUGAAGUCUGCUGCUUUGGUGACAGGUUGGUGACCUCUCUGCUCAACUCAGAUUGGAAAUUUGCCAUCUAUCUCACAUUCACACUGCAUCUCUCCUUUGCUCUUCACUUCCAGUCUGUCUCCAGAUUCUCCUCGGGAGAUCGGUCCAGGCAGGUAAAGCGGAUUUCCGUUCUUCUUUCAACUUUUGUGAUAGGAGACAGAAGCUCUAUGGGAUGUAGGAGUGUCACAUUUUGCAUGAUUGGGUGGAUGGCGGCUAGCAGAUUGAGGCCGAAUCCUGACAAGACAGAAGUACUGUUUUGGGGGACAGAGGGCGGGCAGAUGUGGAGGACUCCCUGGUCCUGAAUGGGGCAACUGUGUCCCUGAAGGACCAGGUGUGCAGCCUGGGAGUCAUUUUGGACUCACCGCUGUCCUGGAGGCGCAGGUCAAUUCUGUGUCCAGGGCAGCUUUCUACCAGCUCCAUCUGGUAUGCAGGAUGAGACCCUCCCUGCCCGCAGACUGUCUCGCCAAAGUGGUGCAUGCUCUGGUUAUCUCCCGCUUAGACUACUGCAAUGCACUCUACGUGGGGCUACCUUUGAAGGUGACCUGGAAACUAAAACUAAUCCAGAAUGCGGCAGCCAGACUGGUCACUGGGAGUGGCCACUGAGACCAUGUAACACUGGUCCCAAAAGACCUACAUUGGCUCCCAGUACAUUUCCGAGCACAAUUCAAAGUAUUGGUGCUGACCUUGAAAGCCCUAAACGGCCUCUGCCCAGUAUACCUGAAGGAGUGUCUCCACCCCCACCAUUCAGCCCGGACACUGGGGUCCAGCUCUGAGGGCCCUCUGGCAGUUCCCUCCCUGCGAGAAGUGAGGUUACAGGGAACCAGGCAGAGGGCCUUCUCAGUGGUGGCGCCCACCCUGUGGAAUGCCCUCCCAUCAGAUGUCAAGGAAAUAAACAACUAUCUGACUUUUAGAAGACAUCUGAAGGCAGCCGUGUUUAGGGAAUUUUUUUAGUGCUGUGACAUCACAUUGGUGGGGAAGGGGAGAAGGGAGGAGAGAGAGAUUUUCAAAAUCUGAUUUUGAGUUUAAGAGGCAUUGAAGUAAAGGAUGGAAUGGGAUAGUCAAUCCCAAGCAGUAAUCAAAGUUGAGCCAUUUUGGUAGCUGUAACUGUGAGAGAGAACAAAGGACCUCUGGCCAAGAUCUCUCAGCAUAGUCACAAAACUGCCACCAUCAUAGUUCCUAGGGGAAGCCAACAGAGUACAAUACUGAAGAUUCAAGUCUGUCGUGAAGAUGAGCUUUAAUGUGAUGUAGCAAAGGGGCAGGGUUAUUUUAAGCAGUUCUUCAGUCUUGGGGGGCACAGAUAUUGUUGCUGCUCUACAACUCCCAUCAUCCCCUGCCAACUUAGCAGAAGUUGUAGUUCAACAACAUCUGGGGGCCCAAGGUUGAAGAACUGUGUAAGCCUUUGCUUACGUGGCUGGAAACAUUGUGGAAUCUGGACGAGAGAUCGCAUCCAGAGAGAGCAACUCCAUCAGGAUUUCGGGUGAGGAGGCCUUUCUUUGCAAUAUGGAUCUCUUGAAAGUUGAAGUGGGAAGCUGGAUUGAAACUGAGGAGUUUGGCUGGUCAAAGGAACAGGAGGGGAAUUUUAUUAAUAGAAUUAGAGUAUGUACAAAAUUCAAAUAUCAUCAGAAAUUCUGUAGUCCUCCCAAAGUCCUAUUUCCUUUUCUCAUUAAUCUGCUUGCUUACUGAGGGGGAGAGAGAUUAUUGGUCUACAACUCCCAUCAGUCAUCCACCAAGCAGCUUGAUGGGAGUUGCAAUCCAACAACAUGUGGCAACCCAUGGUUCAAACAUGCUUAUUUAGAUGAGCUUAUCUCGUGAAAUUAUGUUUGUCAUAAAUCAAAAGGUUUUGUUGAAAAGUUCCUCCAGUUAAUGACAUGGAAUUAUUAGAAUGCUGUUUUGAUAGUGACCCCAAGGAAGUAGAUUGUGGAAAUCUGUGUGUAGCAUUUGUUUAAUGCAGGACUAAGAAGGACCAAGGCAUUCUUGGGGCUGAACAAGCAUACCUUGAACCAACAACUCAUUUAAAGAAUUUGUGGAUGAGGAACCAAAGGAGAAUAGCUUAAGAAAGGGGCUGAAGGGCAUUUUCCCCUUGCACUUCUUCCCUUUCCCCAAUGCAGUUCUGCCUCCACCAGCUCCAGAGCUGUCCAUCAUCCCUCCAAGACAGACCUUUCUCCAGGGACAACGGAUCACGUUGAAAUGCUCCCCUCCGGAAGGGCAGCUGGCAGCCAAGUUCUUAUUUUAUGAAAUUAAAGCAGAUGGUAAUUACACUAGACCCCAAGAACAGUUUGAUAAUACCCUGGAAAUUACUGCAGGAUUUCAGGAAACAAAGAAAUCAUUUGUCUGUGCCUACUUGGAAGAAAACAGUGCAGGACAACUGUCUGAACGGAGUAACCGCAUUGAGGUUUCCAUUAGAGGUGAGUUAAGUUUGGCUAGUUCAUAUCAUCAGAAGGCAGAGGGCCUUCUUGGUAGUGGCACCCACUAGGAAAUAAACAACUACCUGACUUCUAGAAGACACCUGAAGGCGCCUUCCUUAAGAAUUUUUUAAAUAUUUGAUGUCUUAUCAUGUUUAUAAUAUUAUAUUGUGAGCCGCCCAGAGUGGCUGGGGAGACCCAGCCAGAUGGGCGGGGUAUAGAUGAUAAUUAAUAAUAAUUAAUAAUAAUAAUAAUAAUAAUAUCCCUUAACUGUGGCAAAGUGUACAACAGUACCCCCUGUGAGAAAGAGGCACUGGCAUGAACUAUGGGGAUGCUUUGGGCUGGAUUAAGAGGACAAUUUCAGACCCACAUUAUGGUCCCUGGAGAGACUUCCUAUAGGCAUCGUAGCAGCAGUAACCCUGGUGAGCUGCAGUUUCAGGAGAAAAAUCAAUCAAUCCAUAUCUCAUGUAUACUGUUCCAAAGCUUCUCCUGCAGGGGAGGUGAAUUUAUUUUGAAAUCACCCCUUGAAAUGAACCUGGAGCUGCUUCAGGGGGCCCCUGAACACAUGGGCCCCUGAACACACCACUAGGCUGGCUGCCCCUUGUCUCCUAGCACUAUAGGAGAAGGAGAAGGUCGGGGGGACGUUUUAUCCUUUCCCCCACCCUGAAACUCCCCCCUUCUCUACAAAUCCUGAACAGGACGAGGAGGCUCCUGUUGCAAGAAGAACACAACUAUUAACUGCUAGACAUACACUGCAACAUUUUGUUGCAGGUCACCCUGGUCUCCUGCCCUACCAAACUUGGGCGGUCUUACAUUUUGCAGUUUGAAGGGAAAUGGGGCAUCGCCAAACAAGGCUCGCUUCUUAUUCCUUAUCUGUUUAUUUGCUUCUCAGGCCAUCUUCGUCCUCCGUUCUUCUCUGUGUCCCCGAAGCUUGACACCUACAGCAGUGGGGAGAUUGUGAACCUCACAUGCUCUGCUCCUGAAAACCUUCUCAUGUCAAGGGUUCUCUUUAAGAAGGACCAAAGGCUGUCGCAUGUCUACAGGCCCCCUUCUCCUCUGGCCUCCUUUACGUACACGAGGCGCUUGUCUCCUCGAGACAGCGGGGAGCAUCUUUGCACGUACCAAGCUGCAGAAUCAAGCCAGAAUAUCUCAUCCCCAGAAAGCAACAGCAUCAGGAUUUCAGUGAUGGGUGAGGCCUUAAAAAAAUAUGUAGUUCUCUUGGAAGACGAAGGGGAAGGCUACCCUAGAAUGUCCCAGGUUCAAUCCCUGUUGUCUCCUGGUGGGUCUGGGAAACUCUCCUGCCUGAGGACCUGGAGAGAGAUGCUUCCAGUCAGUGUAGACAAUGCUAGCAGGACCACUGGUCUGGCGUGGUUAUAAGGCAGCGGGUGAUGUUCUCAGAUGCCAGGGUUACCUCAGAGGUGGGAACCUUGUUGAUAUCUGCUCAGACUGCAAUGUGGGCCUGUCUUUGUUUCUUGGACGAUAGCGCUGUAACCCAUAGUCAAGCAUUAAUACUACUCAUGAGUAAGAAACCAUACAAGGGGCCUGGGGGCAUGCUGCAAAGAUCUGACACAUCACCCUCAUACCAGUUACUUCUUUUAUAAUAAUUUUUAUUGGUUUUACAAUUUGGUUUUACAUUCACAGAACAAAUCCAAUAAAAAAUAUAGAGAAUUCUCGGACUCCCAUCCCCGCUUUUGCGGAGUCCACAAAUAACCCUUUUCACUGCAAAUCAUAUUAUCCUCCAUUUAUCCAGAAUAUUUUCUCUUGUAGUUCUUUUCACAUUGCAAGUGUUAUUUCAAUCUUGAUAAUGUUUUUAACUGUUUACAGGGUUCUGUCAAAUAUAUUACAAAUGUUUCCCAGUCCUUAUUAAAAAAAUUAUUGCCCAGAAAAAAUAUGGAACGCUUCACAAAUUUGCAUGUCAUCCUUGAGCUGGAGCCAUGCUAAUCUUCUCUGUAUCAUUCCAAUUUUAGUACAUGUGCUGCCGAAGGGGUCACCACCCUCAUACCAUUGACAGAUGGUGAAGGUCUGAAGUGGGGAGACCCCUCUAUUGUACAAGUGGAGACUCCUAGGGCAAUUUAGGGGAUGUGAUGGCUUACACAUGACAUGAGUAGUACAGAUCCCCAAACUGUGAUCAAGAGUUUAGCCAGCUAACAUUUACCUUCCCGGACACUGCACAUUUCCCCUGAAUAUUAUGCAACACAUGCUCCUGAUCUUCUCCUCUCCACUCCCCUCCUGAAGUCCAAGUGGGGAAUUCAUGAACCCACGACUCUCUGUUGACAACCCUGCCUGGAUGAACCCGAUUUAGUUAUGGCUUGCCCCUUAAAACCUCAGUGAGCCACAGACUCCAAAUCACUUAGCCAUUGUAUUCAUUUUCUUUUAAGGACAGCUCCUGUAGCUCCUGUAGCCAAUGUGGUGUAGUGGUUAAGAGUGGUAGACUCGUAAUCUGGUGAACCAGGUUCGCAUCUCCGCUCCUCCACAUGCAGCUGCUGGGUGACCUUGGCUAGUCACACUUCUCUGAAGUCUCUCAGCCCCACUCACCUCACAGAGUGUUUGUUGUGGGGAAGGAAGGGAAAGGAGAAUGUUAGCUGCUUUGAGACUCCUUCGGGUAUUGAUAAAGUGGGAUAUCAAAUCCAAACUCUUCUUCUUCCUCCUCCUCCUGCCAGGGAUUGAAUCUCCCUGCCAGGGUUUGAAUUUAGGACAAGCAGAUAGAUGCUCUGACAUUGAGCAACAGCUUUUCCUCAUCUUGCGGUCCCUCCUAACCCCCUCUCCUUUGUGGCUGGCUCCUCCAGAUCCUCCUCCUGCCCCGGUGCUGACAGUGGACCCUCCGCCUGGAGUGGUGAAGGAAAGGGGAUUCCUGCGCCUCACUUGCUCGGCCAUUGGCAGCGACGCAGAGCAAAGGUUCCAUUUCUACAAGGAUGGGGUCAAGAUUUCCUCCAGGAGUGAAGAGUCUCUGGCGGAUUCUGGAGAACCCAGGAAUGCCUUAUCAAACGCCUCUGCAGACAUCCUGGUCCAAGUCACAGCCAGCAUCCACACUGGGGAAUUUGCUUGCAGGUAUGAGCAGAAACUGAGCAGCCGAUGGAUCAUGUCUCCCUGGAGCCAAACGGUGAAUGUCACAGGUGAGCCAUGCCCCACUGGGAACACAGAGCCCACAUUAGAAGUGGGACAGUCCUCUUGUGGGUUUUGUGUUUGAACUCCAAGACUCAAGGAUGGAGGGGAAAGAGCAAGGGGUGGGAACAAUGCCGUUCUUUGAUGCGACUACCAGCCUCCUCCUUCUCCUUCCUUCCUUCCUUCCUUCCUUCCUUCCUUUCUUUCUUUCUUUCUUUCUUUCUUUCUUAGAUUUUGACAAAGUAAUAAUCAUAGAUAAAUAAGAACAAAAUGUGCACCCCUCCACUGUGACCAUUCCAUUGCAACUAUUAAAUCUCCCAAAAUUCCAGUGCCACUUGCGAUGGUUUGACCCCUUUCCGUUUUAACAGUACAAAUUCUACAAACACCCUCCAUAUCUCCUCAAAAUCAUUUCUCCUGCAUAUUCCCCGUCUUACCUUAAUAGCACAUGUUAAUUUAUCAUUCAUAGCUAUAUCCCACACCUCUUUAUCCCAUUCUUCCAUUUUAUAUUCUUCUUGCCCCUUCCACUUCCUAGCUAUAAUAAUUUGUGCAGCUGUCAAUAAAUUUGAGAGCAAGUCCUUCCUAGCCUGUGAACCUUCCACCCCACCAUAAAUUGAUAAUAAUGCUACCUCUGGAAUUUUGGUCAGCUUUAACCCACUGAUUUCUGUUAUCUCCUUAAAUACCCUUUGCCGUUUUUAAAAACGUAUUUCAUUAUUGGAAAUAUGUAAAAUAUUACAUAUUGGACUACUGCAAUGUGUUCUACAUGGGGCUAACUUUGAAGGUGACCUGGAAACUACAACUAAUCCAGAAUGCGGCAGCUAGACUGGUGACUGGGAGCGGCCACCAAAACAAAAACACUGGUCUUGAAAGACCUACAUUGGCUCCCAGUACGUUUCCGCGCACAAUUCAAAGUGUUGGUGCUGACCUUUAAAGCCCUAAACGGUCUCGGUCCAGUAUAUCUGAAGGAGUGUCUCCACCUCCAUCAUUCAGCCCAGACACAGAGGUCCAGCUCUGAGGGCCUUCUGGCAGUUCCCUCCGUGUGAGGAGUGAGGUUACAGGGAACCAGGCAGAGGGCCUUCUCAGUGGUGGCGCCCGCCCUGUGGAACGCCCUCCCAUCAGAUGUCAAGGAAAUAAACAACUAUCUGACUUUUAGAAGACAUCUGAAGGCAACCCUGUUUAGGGAAUUUUUUAGUGCUGUGACAUCACAUUGUUGGGGAAGGGGUGAAGGGAGGAGAGAGAGAUUUUCAAAAUCUGAUUCUGAGUUUAAGAGGCAUUGGAGUAAAGGAUGGAAUGGGAUAGUCAAUCCCAAGCAGUAAUCGAAGUUGAGCCAUUUUGGUAGUUGUAACUGUGAGAGAGCUCAAAGGAGCUCUGGCCAAGAUCUCUCAGCAUAGUCACAAAACUGCCACCAUCAAAAACAGCCAUUCUGCUGUUUUUGCCAGGUACAAGGAACACAAAGCAAGGUCCCUGAAUAUAGUCACAAUGACCGCUCCCCGCUUAAAACGGGGGGCUCCCUUUGCGUGGACGCGUGCAGCCCCUAGAUCUGGAGCGGCUCCAUCAGCAUAGGCUUGGCUUUGCCUUCCCUCAGGUGGGAUACCUGGAGGUCUCCGCCUACCUCAGUCAGUUGUCCAAUCCCACCUGGGGAAGCGUUGCCAAGGAGAUCAGGCCAGGUAGGGGAGGGAUUACCUGCCCACACAAUAGAGGGAGUAUCUUACCUGGGAAUCCUCACUUGGCUCCAGAGUGCAAGGAACACAAAGCAAGGUCCCUGAAUGUAGUCACAAAGUCGACAUCCUCCUGGUUCCUUAGGGAAGGCAAGAGAGCACAAUUGCUAUAACAUUGCUUCAUGUUUUGAAUAUAGCUGAAUGUUAAGGAGAGGUGCUGGGGGGAUUGGUCUGGAAGUUGCACAGUCUCAUGUUGUAGCCCUAAUCUCAUAUAUGGGGAAUUCUCUGAAUGGCAUUUCCCCCUUGCACUUCUUCCCUUUCCCCAAUGCAGUUCUGCCUCCACCAGCUCCAGAGCUGUCCAUCAUCCCUCCAAGACAGACCUUUCUCCAGGGACAACGGAUCACGUUGAAAUGCUCCCACCCGGAAGGGCAGCUGACAGCCAAGUUCUUCUUUUAUGAAAUUAAAGCAGGUGGUAAUUACACUAGACCCCAAGAACAGUUAAAUAAUACCCUGGAAAUCACUGCAGGAUUUCAGGAAAUAAAGAAAACAUUUGUCUGUGCCUACUUGGAAGAAAACAGUGCAGGACAACUGUCUGAACGGAGUAACUGCAUUGAGGUUUCCAUUAUAGGUGAGUUAAGUUUGGCUAGUUCAUAUCAUCAGAAGGCAGAGGGCCUUCUUGGUAGUGGCACCCACUAGGAAAUAAACAACUACCUGACUUCUAGAAGACACCUGAAGGUGCCUUCCUUAAGAAUUUUUUUAAUAUUUGAUGUGUUAUCAUGUUUAUAAUAUUAUAUUGUGAGCCGCCCAGAGUGUAUGUAUGUAUUUAUGUAUGUAUGUAUGUAUGUAUAAAUAAUUUAUUUCUUUAAAGACUUGCUUUCAACAUUGUGUUAUGUACUUGUCUUGAAUUUACAAGAGGAAGCCUGUUAGUGUGUUUUUAAGGACAUCCCCGCUCCUUUUUUUAUCUUCACAGCUCAGUUGCCAGAUUCAUCUGCUCCAUCAAUGGGGCAUGCAUGGUGGGCUAGUCUGCUUCUGAUCCCGGCGGUCCUGUUCGCUUACUGUUGUUGGAGAAAGAAAGGCAGUAAGUGAUGGGAACUUGGGACCAUCUAGCUUAAUCCCCAGAAGAAGAGCCUGCCUCUUGUUGGGCCUAGUUCCAUUGAUUAACCAUGCACUGCUAUUAUAUAAUCCCAUAAUAAUACAAUCUGUAAGUGGAAACCAGCCCACUUUGUUAAGUUAAUGACUUGGGCUGGCUAGUUAAGUACCACAAUUUAGCAUAACGAAAAAAGAUGCUCUGUGUCAUAGAAUAGAUGGGUUGGCUUUUCUUCCAGCUCCUCACCUACCUACAUAGGAGAACAAUAGGCAGAGUUCUGUGAGAGCUGGAAGCUGGAGAAAGAGUGGAGAAAGGCUGGGGGGGGGAAUGGGGGGGGGGGACAAGUUUCUUCCCAAUUUUUCUGGGUUUUUUCCAGGCCUUCCCAUCUCUAAGAGAGAGACAUGUUUGCUCUCAGUUUGGGGGCUGUCCUGGAAAGCUAAUGGGGAAGCAAGAUCUACUGGGAUGUCAAUGCUAUGAUACCUUCCAUCCUAUGCUCUGGUUGUUUAUGUGUGUAAAUAAAAGCAUAUACCCUAGAGACACCACAGUGUUCUGACCUUCGUUCCAAGGAAACUGAGUCCUGGAUCAGUGCAGGAAUUUGUGGAGUCUCUCACAGAUCAGAGAUUAGGAUGGUGCAGAACCAUACUUUUAACUUUUCACUCCCUUUCUCUCUCUCUCUAGUUCUUUUUGCCCUGGGCACAUCAGAAUAUCAGCGAGCAUCUGUGCCAAAGGAAAGCAAGGAGGAAACAAGUCAAGACAUGUUUGGGUUGUCGGUACCCCAAACGACAGACUUUCAGGUCAAAGUAAGUAGAAAGGUUUAGGUUGGCAUUUUGCUUCCAUUUGAGCCCGGGAAAUGAGUCCCUCCUCUUACUGAAACCAGUUUUAUGGGUCAGGAUCGCUUUCAAAGAAGCUUAGGAAUUGUAAUGAUUGGUUUUCCGUCCAGGUGACAAAGUAAACAAGUGUGUAGCUGUCCUUACAGAAUUGGCUACCGCCAGGAGUGGGGAUAGCCACUUGAAUGGAAACCAAAACCAAAAAGAACUCAUGAACCUCUUGUGGCUAUAGCUGCUAAAUUGCCCAUUCAUGGACAAAGGAACACAAGAAGCUCCUUUAUACCGAGUCAGGCGAUUGGUCAGCCUAGCUCAGUAUUAUCUGCAUUGAUUGGUAAUGACUCUUGAGGGUUUCAGACUGGAGUCUACCUGACGAUACCAUCAGGGAUCAAACCUGGGAGAUGUUGCAUGCAGUGCAGAUACCUUGCCACUCAGCUACAGCCCUUAUCCCCCACCCCACAAACUAAGGUAAGGCAAAAAAAAAAAAGAAAAAAAAGUCAAGGACCCCUGGACGGUUAUGUCCAGUCAAAGCCGUGGGUCACCCUCAGUUUCCCUCUCCGUCCUCAGAGCUCAGACGUCACCUAUGCCACCAUUGCCUCCCCACCGGCUGUGACUCCCUCCGAACCAACGCUGAAGGACGAUCCCAUCUCGGCAAAAGACGAAGAGGUCCUCUACAGCCAUCUUCUCUUCCAUCCUCAACAACGCCACCACGAGGCUGUGCAGGAAAGAGAUGGUCCAGAAGUGGAGAAGGCAGGUCCCGUGUGA